ACUAAAACCUUUUGAUUUCUCCCUGUACGCCCUGGCCCUAAACAUCAAACUACGUUCUCUUUCUCUCUCCACACUUUCCUAGGGUUCCAAUUUCCACACCUUUCCUCAAUGUCCAUUUUCCAUCACAAACCCUAAUUUCCCCUCCCAAUUUCCAACUUCUAAUCAAUGGAGUCUUCUCCAACCAUUGGAGAAACAAGCAAUGGCGGUGGAAAUGCGCCAACUCCGAUGUCAAAUGUGAAUGGACCGCCCCCAUUUUUAUGCAAAACAUACGAUAUGGUGGAUGAUCCUGCUACUGAUUCCGUUGUUUCAUGGAGUUCUACUAAUAAUAGCUUCAUCGUUUGGAAACCUCCGGAGUUUGCUCGUGAUCUUUUGCCUAAGUAUUUUAAGCAUAAUAACUUCUCUAGCUUUGUUCGUCAGCUUAAUACCUAUGUAUGUUUCAUUAUUCUAUCUAAUUUUCUUUUUAUUUGAUUGUUUUGUUUAUUUUUGAGUGGCUUUUGGGUGAUAAUGUUUUCUCUGUUUCGGAUUUGUAUAGUGUAAUGAAUGAUGUUGGUAAGGGAUCGCAAAGGAGAUUGGAGUGUGAAAGGGGAGUUUAUUACUUGUAUAAAGAAUAAGUUAUUAAAGAAUAAAGUGUAAUGAAUGAUGUUGGUAAGUUUCAGGUUACACGGCAGUUUAAGUACGAUUGAACGUCAGUUCCAAAAAAUUGUAUGAUUGGGCAGCAGCAAUUAUAGUUAUAGUAUUAGGAACUCUUGAUAUUGUAAUCCUUUUAGUUGUACUGGUUAAUGUAUUAUGGACUUUAAAAUGACGAGGAAAUGAAAUGGGAUAAAUAAAGAAGCUUCUUGAAGCGCACUAGUUUUUUCUGCUUUGGUGAAUAUAGAGUGCUUUAAAUUUUGAUUCUUGGCAGAGGGGAAGUGUUCAUUGAUCUUUAGUUUGAGAACUUCUAGUUUGUAUGCACUGUAAGUCAUAUGUCACUCCUGUGAGCUUGUUUAGUGACCACCCUUCAGUCUGAGGGAUUCCUUGUGUUCUCUUUGUUUGGGUGUCAAGAUAAAGAAGUUAUUUUUAUUUAUGUGCCUACUGCAAUAUCAAAGGCUUGAAGUGACGUGAUUAUUACUGAUAAGAGUGAAGCUUUGAGGCUGAAUUACCAUCUAUGCUCCUUUUUAUUCUUUUGAAUCUUGGGCGAAGAAGAGACAUAGCUGGGGAUGGCUAAUAAGCUAUGUGGAUGUGUUUGGCAUAUCUGUAGACUAGGUUUUGGUGUAUAUAUAUUGAUCAUGGAAGCGACUUAUGUAUUUGAUGAUCUUAUUCAUAAGCUACUUAUUAAAGGGUGAGUGGAAAAAGAACGAAGUGAUGUGACGUUGUGAGUAAAAUAAGCAAUGAUGCAUGUUUUUAUCUUCAGUUAUUAUGUAUAUUUAACAUCAGUGGCCGGCAAUUGAAGUAGCCAUAGAUGAAGUUAAACAUCUUUGUCAUUGAAGUGUGUUAAUUUUUUGCAAUGUUUACCUUUUCCUAUAGAUUUGGAGAAUGAAGAUGCUGGUAGAUAUCAGCUAAAGAGGUUAUUCUUUGUUUGUUAACAUUGUUGCUGGAACUGAGAGAAAUUGUAUUACUUGUCUGAACUCUUUGCCUGCUGUUUCUUUUUAUUUUACUGUGCUACUAGGGUUAGCAUGAAAUGCAGGUGUGUCUGUGAGUCAACUUGUCAUUUUAUGAUAAGUAAUAAGUUGUGAAGAUUUGGCCCAAAAUUGAGCAUUCAAGUUCAAGUCCUAUUUCCACUUCAGAUUGGUUGACCAGGAAAGUGAGUUGUCUUAUACAUAGCGUUCAAUUUGUUAAUUUACAUCCAUACUAGGAAAGCGUUUCUACUGCGCGUAUUGAGUAUGUUGCUUUCUGCCAUGCCAUUGAAGUUUAGGCCUCAUGUUGGAUGCCAAACCCUAAAUGAAGAUGUAUUCAUUAUGCAAAAGUACUCAAUGUGAAGGGGGAUUUGUUGAAUCAUUUUUGUAUAAUCUAAUUAUUUACUCGCUAGAUUCAUCAUUCGGAAAUCUAUUUGAACUUCCAUGUCAGCCAUGGAGUUUAUCCCACCACAUUGAUUUUUUGGUAUAACUUAGAGAGAGAAUUUCAUGGAUUGAACAAGAAGCUUGAGUUUUUUCUGUUUCAUUAUGCAUGUGACCGCCAAUUUGCUUGAGCAUUUAUUUGAAUUUAUCAAUCUCAUCAUAACUACUGACCUUGCUCUCCUAAUGUUUAUGAAGUGUGGAAAUGCUAGUAUGUAACAUGUUGAUAUGCUGACUUUGUAAUGUGCUGGUUCUCGGGGAACUUAUCAUUUUGUCUUGAUAAUAUUGUAGUUACAUGACCCUGGUGACUUUAAAAAAACUGCUUUACAUUUCGUAUGGUUGGAUUUAGGACAUAAAAUGACUGAAUGUAAUAUUGGAACAUUUGAAAUUUUGGACAUCCUUUUAAUGUGAUGGCUUCAUCUGUAUUUGGGAUCUAUUGGGUGCCCUGUGAACAGAGUAGUAGUUACUGUGAAGUACAUUGUUCAAUUCAGUUAAUGUGCAUGAUAAUGUUUAGUGUAUCAUGUUUUUUUAACCUCAUUGUGGAGCUGUAACAAUACAAGAAUUAUGAAUUGGGGAUAUUGAAUUAUAAAUUGCAACAGGAACAUAAAUGAUAUGUUGUAUGGGGAUUAGAAGGCCACCAGAAAAGGUCGUUUACUCUCAUGAUUGAUGAUUCAUCGAAAAGGGAUACAUACCUUCAUUUUUAAGCCAAUGCGUUUUGGUAGAAGUUGUAGUCAAUGCAUAAUCUCAUAAGCAGCUAAACUUAUCAAUGCAACAUGAAAAAAAUAUCCUUAAAUGGUUCUGUGGAUUUUUUUUGUGAAUUUUUACAAACUUGGAGUACCGCUGUAACUUUUUCGAAAAUGCCAUUUGGUUUUGCAUCACCAACUGUAAGAACUGAAAGAAAGAGUUUUUCUGGUUCAUUGAACACACUUGGUUGCAGAUGGAGCAAACUUUGAGUUUUGGUAUUGCCUUAGUGAUUAGCAAAAAUGCUCUCUUAAUUGUAUGACCAAUACGUGAUCAUUUCCAUAUUUUAAAUUUUUACACAUUCGGAUAACAGGUAGUUGGAUAAUUUUUAAUGCAUUUGUGGUUAUGAUCUUUUUUGAGGAGAUUUCACUUUCUGCCCUUGUGAUAAGAGAGAAGUUCUCCUCUUUUUGUUGAUAACUUUACUGAUUUCCUUAUUUAUUACUUUGAAUGAUAGUAGAGAAAACUAAUGGAAACUAACAUCUUGGGAGAGCAAUUUUUUAAUUAACCUCUCCUGUAAAGUUUCUUGUCUCUAUAACGAUCUUUGGUAACUGCUUAGUGCUGCAAGGAUAACAGAUACUGUACGAACAAUAAAGUAAACUAAUGACCUUUUUAGUUGGCGCUAACAUUAUCUUUUUUUCUAAUUUUAUUCCAAGGAGAAAAUGGAAUUAAUAAUGAGCUAUAUCAAAGAUCUUAAUAUCUUAGCUGGUGGAUUGAUUGCUGCAAUCUGAUCAAUGCUGUUCCAAUUGGAAGACUACUAGUUUAGUCAAUAGAGAAUAGGUGAAUUUUAAGCAAUGGUAGGUCAUCAAAGUGUCAUUUCAUUCUUGGGAUUUAGAAAGGUGGAUCCAGACCGUUGGGAAUUUGCAAAUGAGGGAUUCUUGAGGGGUCAGAAACACUUGCUUAAGAGUAUUACUCGACGAAAGCCCGCUCAUGGACAUGGCAACCAGCAUCAACAGCAAGCACAAUCACAGACUUCAUCUGUUGGAGCUUGUGUUGAGGUGGGUAAAUUUGGUCUGGAGGAAGAGGUGGAGCGGCUUAAAAGGGACAAGAAUGUGCUAAUGCUAGAACUUGUUAGAUUGAGACAGCAGCAGCAGACAACUGAUAAUCAGUUGCAGACUAUGGUACAGCGCCUGCAGGGAAUGGAGCAGCGUCAGCAGCAAAUGAUGUCAUUUUUAGCAAAAGUCGUUCGAAGACCUGGAUUCUUGGCUCAAUUUGUACAUCAGCAAAGUGAGAGCAAUAGGCGCAUGUCUGAAGCAAACAAGAAACGAAGGCUCAAGCAGGAUGGUGUUUCUGAGGGUGAAAACUCAACUCCUUCUGAUGGACAAAUUGUGAAGUACCAACCCUCAGGGAAUGAUUCUGCUCAUGCAAUGCUCCGUCAGCUAAGGAAAUUAGAUGAAAAUUUCAAUAGCAGCUCAAAUAAAUUCUACUUUGGGGAUUCAUCAUCGACUAGUGUAAUGGAGGGUGAAAUACCAGCAAACCGGGUAUCCGGUGUUACUUUGCAAGAAGUCCCUCCAACUUCUGUUCCAGCUUAUCCAACCUCAACUGCAAAUAUUGCUGCUGUUGGUCACGAUGCUUUUGGAUCUAAGAUAGAAAUGUCUUCUGUGAAUACUAGUUCUGAAAAUUUGUCCAUUCCAGAGCUCCCUGACAUACGUGGAUUGGUAAUUCCAGAAACCUUACCUUCUGUUUCUCUUCCUCAGACAACUGAUAUCUUACCAGAGAUUCCAGCUUUGCCUGACCUUGACCAGAACGCCGUUGAUAUCCCAAGGGGAAAUUAUAUUUUAGAUGAGACCGGAGAUGAUGGUUUUAUGGAUUUGUCAUCCGCGCCUUUUGAGGGGACGAGCCCGAUUGACAUUGAAAAGUUGUCACCUCCUGAUAUUGACGUUUUUCUUGAUGAUGACUCCUGGGAACAGUUUUUGAACCGUAACGUAAUUCCCUGUGAUGAUAACGAGCCAGAUAUGCCUAACAUAGAAAAUCCAACAGAGCAAACAGCAGUGCAGCCCUUAGAGAAUGGGUGGGACAAACAUCAAAAAAUGGAUCAGCUUACAGAACAAAUGGGUCUUUUAAACUCAGAUAACAAAUUACUUUGAUAACAGCCAUAUGUACAGGUCUAUCUCUCUUACCAUCCAAGGUUUAAUUAAACUUACAAGGCACGGCCAAUAAUUAUGUUCCAUGCUUUUAUCAUUGACGAACAUAUUCGUUAGCGUCUUCCAGUUCCAGAUGAUAUCAACUGCUUCUGGAUCAUAACAAAUUUUCUGACAGGCCUUGGAUUCCCAAAAAAUCUGGCUGGGAGUUGUAAACGUUUCGUCCCAAAUGUUUUGACAUCAAAAUUUAAUUGUACAAUUAUAGUGAAGCAUAUUUAUUUUUUUUUUUUAAGAAAGUUGAAUGUUCUGCUCGAUCCUUUGUUGUAAAUACCCCAAAAUUCUUUUGCCCUUUUGUAACAAACUGAAAUAUUACUGGAUUUCCAACUGUGAACUGGGUUUCCAGGAGAUAAUUUGAUUUUAA